UUUGCUGGAAAUUGUUGCAGAGAGCCAGCAAGCAGCAACAGCGGCAGCGCAGUUACAAAAAUUCUUAAACAAUAAAUGCAAACACACACACACUAGCACAGACUAGAACACACGUGCUUUAAGUACAUUUAGAUACGUGAAAAACAACAAACAGUUCCCAAAAUUCGUUUUUCGACUUGUGCAAAAAGUGAAAGAAGAGGAGCAGCAAAACAAAAAGGAGCAGCGGAGGAGCGGAGGAGCGAGCGAGGGAGCGUGGCCACAGAGUGCAGCUGAAGCUCUCAGAAGUACAUAAGUAUGUAUGCAUGUACAUGCAUAGUAUGUAUGUACACUCAAAUGGAUGUAUGUACAUGCCAAAGAUUUUCGAAACUGCAUAAAAUAUAAAUCACAGGCGAAAGGGAAUAAACAGAGACACAUUCAGCCAAUAUGUCGCUGGUGCACACAUUUCUCGGCACCUGGGAGAUUGUCUGCUGCACUUUUGAGGGCAAGCGUGAGCUAUCCGGCCUAGAGGGCAUCAAGUUUCGACUGGAUGAUACGAGCGAUAUUACAUGGUAUAAUGAUCUGGUCAGUCCGAUACCUGAAACUCAAGACUGCGGCACUUACUGCGGCGAUUCGGCGAGUGUUUUAUUUAGCUGCGAGACCUUCGAUGUGCACGAAACGAAUCCUCGGCUCGUAUUUGGUGCCUUUGCCGGUCACAGCAUUGAGUUUAGCACCAACACCUUAACGCCGACUGAUACGCUGGUGCUUAGCUGCGAGAAUUGGUAUGCCGUCGAGUGCAAGCGAUUGCAGGAUGGCCAGGCGGCUGGCCAGGAGCAACAAUUGAGCUUUGGCGAGGCCCUGCAGGAGUCCUACUUCAGCGAUGUGGUGGUUAAGAGUGCCAGCGGUCUGGAAUAUGCGCUGCAUGCCUCCAUCUUACGCCUCAACGGAUUCGAUUGCAGCAUGUGCGUCAAUAGCGCGCCAGCAUCAGCUCGACAAGUGGUCAAGAGUGGUGUCGGUGCUGGCCACUGUCAUAGCGGUCCCAAUACACCCAAUCCCAUACGAAUUUCUGUGGCACCCGCCGGCGAGGAUGAGCAUCAAAAGUCAUUGCCGCGCUUGAAUCUAUCGCCCAUUUAUCUACAGCCACCCUGUGAUUUCCAGACGCUCUCGGGCCUGGGUCUGGGUGCGCAACGAGUCCAUCAAUACAGCAGCAGCUUCAACUGCCUCAGUAAUGGCAAUGACUCAGAGCCAGCAAUCGGCAUGGGUACGGGCACUGGCACGGGACUGCUCAGCGUUGAGUGUGGCGGAGGCGGCGGCGGCGGCGGCGGCGGCAUGUAUCGUUUUCCACCCACUUCGCACUCCGAUUCGCAUCUGGAAACGUCGCAGUCCCACUGCAAGAAUAUAUUCAAUUUCUGUCAGGAUCUAAUAAUACAGCCAACGCCAUCACCGUUGCUGCCAGCUGGCGGACUAAGCGCCGGCCUUGCUGUCUGCAGCAUUAGGCGACCGCCGUUGUCGCCAUAUCGUGCACGCAGCCCCUCACCAUUUCCCAGCUCCAUGGACACGCCGCCAUCGUCGCCACUGACGCCCGUGGGUGUGCUGUGCAAUCUGCCCACAUUCCUCCUAAGUCCCAUCCUCCACUGGCUGUACACGGAGUCUAUGCUGCCGGACCUCGAGGAGGAUGUUUGCGAGAAGCUCAUCAACUUUGCCGAAUCGCAGCCAUCGCUGACCAAAUUGGUGGAGCCAACGCGCAAGUACCUGAGGCUGAUGAAACUCAAGAAAUUUGUGGUCAAUGUGACUAUGAAUCUACAUGGCAUACUCAAUCGUGUCAUACAGCGCAUCAAUCCCGUGAGCAUUUCACACGAGCCCGCCCAGCUGUGCAGCACGUUUCAGGAUGCAUUCCGUGAUUGUGCCAUAGGUUGUGCCAAGGUGCUGCAAUUCUGUAAUAUUUUCAUCACGGAUGCCACACACACGCACAUGACGCGCUACCAAAAGAAUGAAAUUGUCAAAUAUAUUCGCAGUCGCAUACCAAUAUUCAUGUCACAAGUGCAGCAGCUCUUACGCAACGUUCUGGGUGUAUUUGUGGGCCUUACAGUGCAGGAGAAGGCAGAAUUGGUGAACUAUUUAGUACCUGAAAUUGAAUCAACAUUAUUUGUAUUAACUGCUGUGAUAGAGGAAAUCAAAAACUCGCUGGAAAUCAUGUGCAAGGACCUUAAGUGCUCGCAUUUGGAAUUGCCACAGCAACAGCAGCAGGCUGAGGAUGCCAUUGUCAUGCAAUUGCAUUAUGUGGAGUCAAGCGGUGCUGAUCCAUCGCCACGUCCACGGCGCGGCGCACCCGUCGGUCUGACGCUCUACGACAAUCACAUGGACAAGAAGCGUUUGAGCUCGGCCGAGAAUGAUUUGAAAUUUGUGCUCUACAUGUACGAAGUGCGUAAAAUGCGUGACAUUUAUGGACGGAUUGUGGCUGCCCUCGAUAUAAUUAAUGAUAAAAAAACAACCUUCUGCGAGAUGGAUUUCCUCAGCAAGAUUAGUACAAUUAAUCAAAAUAUGGAGCAGCUUAUUGUCGACAUUCCAGCCUACAUUUUUAUAGUGGAGAACCUAUCCGAUCGCCUCGACGACAAAUUGGGUUGGAAAGAGUUUAAAUUUUGCUUCAAGCUGGCCACCAGUCAAAUAAAUGGCGUUAUAGCAAAACUUUUGGAUCACAAGAGUGCCCUGAGAGAUGCCAUCAGUCAGAUAUGUUUGCUGGUGCAUAAACAGGAAUUUACGCAAUCCCUCAUCGAGCUGGGGCUACUGGACAGCGGCACGAGCGGGGGGCCAAGCGAUUUGAAAAUGGCCGAUCAUGAGAAUAAUCUAAAUGUGGGCCUAACCGAUGCGGAUCAUCAGCUGCUGCUCAAUCAUCAGCAUUACUAUGACUACAAAAGCAUUAAGCUAAAUCUCAUUCGUCAUCUGUGCGAGCCACCAACGGCAGCCAACAGCAAUCUCUCGAAGAAUGCACUCCGGCUGCUGCACUCCACGCAGCUGGCGGAUAUGGAGUUUGAGGUGCAUACGCUGCAUGCAGCCAGCGGUAAUGCUGUGGACACAGAGGCCAUAACAACAUCCAUUGACGGUGGUGAACCUUCGUCAUCAGCGGCGUUGCAGGUGCACAGCUUUAAGGCGCAUCGCGUAAUUGUCGCUGCACGCUGCGAAUGGUUCAAGAAGGCGCUAAUGUCCGGCAUGCAGGAGUCCAUCAAUCGGAAAGUGAUCAUCACAGACACCUCGCCGGUGAUCUUUCGUCGUUUGCUGCUUUAUCUCUAUGGUGCACCCAUUGAUCGUACGGUGGGUGCCGAACAGAUUUGUGAGCUCAUGCUAUUGGCAGAUCGUUAUUCAAUAGAUGAUCUGAAAGAACUGUGCGAAAAUACUCUGUACUCGCUAAUUGACGAGGACUCGGUGGUCUGUCUGCUGGGCAUUGCGGAUAGAUACAUGGCCACGGCACUGAAAUCGAAAUGCCUGUCAUUUCUAUCGCAGCAUUCACAGCUGACCAAGUGCGAAAUAUUUAAGGAAUUGCCGCAGACCCUACAGCUAGAGGUAAUGGAUUUAAUACAUUGGUUCGGUCGUGUUUCGGAGCCAUGGAAUGAUCGUGGUUUUAAGCCGCGCAGCAGUUCUCGACAUAGCCUGAAGAGUCCAUCAAAGCCACGUUCGCGUUCCCGCAAGUCAUCGCCAUCCUACAUGUGACGCCGGCAAAGCGCCACAGAACACACGACGAAUGCCAACUUCUUGUGAUAAUUCUAGAAGACUUCGGGAAUCGAAAAUGGUAGUCUGUAAGCGUGACACGGAUGAACAAUGGGAAAGAGUAUAGGGUAAUGGGGAAACAUUAAGGAAAUGGUGGGAUGCACAAGGCUAAAUAUGUACUAGGACUUUUCACUCUGGACUCUGGUCUCAGUAGCAUUAAUCAAGCCAAAAACAAAUUCAAAACCAAAAAAAGAAAUGGCAAAGAAAAUGACCUGAUUUUAAUAACAAAACAAUUUUAUUUAGUUCACUAAAAGAAAACAAAAACCAUACGUAUUGUAGAUAGAAAUCAUUUUGAUCAUUAUCGAUAGGUAUUAUUCAUAAAUGUACUUUUGAUCAAAAUGCAAACAAAGAAAAAAGAUACA